AACGGAAAAAACGGAAACGAUUUCCUCUCAAUGAAGGAAAAUCAGCAUCUCCGGUAGCGACAGAUAAAAAAUCUGCACAAUCAGAACACACGACACUAAAAUCCCUAAAAUACCCUCACCUUCAUCCUUAAUUCACUUCUUCUUUCACCCCCACUACGCUGUUUACGCAGCACCUUUCAAGUUUCAACUCAGGGCUCACACAGUCAAUUCACCACGAAUUCCUUCAACAGGACGCACCACAACGGAUUCUCCUCCUCACGACACCGUUUCGCUCACUCUCUCCUCGCCACCGGCUAUCGGCGCUGCCGGGCACCGGCACCUUCCGGUUUUCUCCAGCGUAAAUCGCUUUCCGUAAUUGCCCCUCUCCGGGGCUUUAAAUUCCGAUUCGCGGUUUUCCACUUAAUGCGAGCGAGCGAAACCGAAACCGUAACCUAAGGGUUUCUGUAGCUAGGGUUUCUUUUUCGGUUGGGGAUUUCGCAGUUUCGUUGGUGGUGUUGGAAUGGCGGAUCGCGAAGACGAGGAUUUGCAAAUGGCGAUUCGGAUGAGCAUGCAGUACUCGCCGCCGGAGCCGAAGCGGAGCAUGCCGCAGGACGCCGUCGCUGGGGGCGGCGUUUCGGAGUCGCCGGAGGCCAAGAGCCGGCGGUUGCAGCGGGAGCUCAUGGCGGCGGCUGCUGAGAAGCGGAUGGCGGGGAAAGGCGGUGGCGAGGUUGGGAGGAGGGAGAAGAGGGACGAGGAGUGUUCGGAAGGUGGGAGUGCGGUAGAGCUUUCUCUUGAAGAAGCGAAUGAGUUGUUUGAUGUGGUGUUUGGUGGUGAUGUCUCGAAGGGGAUUCUUGCGCAGUGGAGCAACCAGGGAAUAAGGUUUAGCUCUGAUCCAGAAACAUUCAUGGGCCUAGUGCAGCAUGAAGGUGGGCCAUGUGGCGUUUUGGCAGCUAUUCAAGCAUUUGUGCUCAAAUACAUUCUUUUCUUUCUUGAUGAGUUGAAAGAUGUAUCAAGCAUGCCACUGAAUUGUGGUCCAGGCUCAUUACUAAAAAGUCAAUAUGUUCCAUCAUAUAAUUUUUCCUUACUCACUGAAGGUGUAAAAGUAAGUGCCCUUGUAAGAAGCAUGUGCGAAAUAUUAUUUAUGUGUGGAAAUAACGAGCGGGCUGUGAUUGCAACCUUGAACAUUUUAGGGAAUUGCAUUCAUCAUUCUGAAGAAAUUUCAAAUGAUGAGGUUAUUACAAAAGCACUUGAAGGUCUUACAAUUGAAUCAGCCUUGGAUCUGCAAAAAGUUCUUAGAGUUGAAACAUACACAUUGCAAGCAAGUGCAAUGAAAAGGCUAGAAGCAGUGAUUCCCUUAUUCCAAAGUCGUAUGGGGGCAUUGCUUUUCCUGAUCUCUGCUUUACUUUCUCGGGGACUGGACUUGGUUCAAACAGACAGGGAUGAUCCCAGCCAACCUCUGGUUACUGCUCCCUUUGGACAUGCCUCUCAGGAAAUUGUAAACUUACUGCUCUGUGGGCAGGCCGUCCCUAACGUCUUUGAUGGGAGAAUGGAUUUAGGUGGAGGAAUGUUUUUGAAAGGUAUUUCCCAGCAUGUCGAAGUUGGAUUUCUCACAUUGCUAGAAUCCCUUUGUUUCUGUAAGGUUGGUCAGUAUUUGAAAUGCCCAAGGUGGCCUAUAUGGGUUGUUGGCAGUGAAUCCCAUUACACAGUACUGUUUGCUCUUGACACCAGUGUUCAAAAUGAGAAUGAGCUGGAAGAAAGGGAAUCACAGAUUCGCAAAGCUUUUGAUGCGCAAGAUCAGAGCGGAGGUGGUGGUUUCAUUGGUGUGGAUGGGUUCCAUCAGGUUCUCAGAGAAACAAAUAUCAAACUUCCACAAGAGAAGCUCGAACACCUUUGCAGUACAGGCUUCAUUGUAUGGAGCGAGUUUUGGCAGGUCAUUUUGGAUCUAGACAGGAGCUCGGGAGGUUUAAAGGAUUCAUCAGGAUUGAUGGGUAAAAAGGUGUUUGAUCUUUACCAUUUUAACGGAAUUGCUAAAUCAGAUCUGAAUAGCAGCCAAGUAAAUUUUAGGGGUGAAACAACACUACAAAGACCUAGGCUCACAAAAUUGAGAGUUUCAGUCCCCCCAAGGUGGACGCCUGAGGAAUUUAUGGCAGAUGUGACGGUUUCCUCUGCUUCUAUUGCAAAUGAAUGUUGUGGUAAGGACAGCGAAGUAAUUAAACCUGAGCCUUCUCAGCAUGCACCUUUGGUAGAUUGCAUAAGGACGCGCUGGCCCCGUGCUGUUUGCAGCUGGUCAGGGGAUCCUCCUAGUAUAGUCUGAGUAAUUAAGCUAUGCCAAAAGAAACAAUAUAUGAAAUUUUCCUGUUUUACUUUGAUAUUCUCCAUGGGGAUCCAAUAUCCAAAAUUCUUCCUAUAUGUGCAUACUGCAUAGCUUAUGAUUUAGAGUAAUGUAUCUUUUAACAUUCACUUCAAUUUUGUCUUGCCACUCGAAAGGGAUGUUAUACUUGAUGUCAAGCCAACUUGUAAAAUCUAGUUGAAUGUACACUUGUCAUCAAUUAGAGAGAUUUAGUUCUUUGGGCGAGGGGUUAUUAUGUAACUGUCAAAUUUGAUGCUUCUGAAUUGUUGUGAUGUUCAUACUAUAUUGCGCUCGUGUUCUAAAUAAGGAAAAUUGAAUAUUUA